CCAUAUCCCCCACAACAUAAACUGACCAUAAAAGAGUUAUUUGAAGAUGGCAAGCCCAACGCAGAACUGCUACGUAACCAUCUCGUCAAAGAGGGCAGGGUGGAAGAAGAUGUAGCGCUAAAGAUAAUCAACGAUGGAGCCAACAUCCUUCGGCAGGAAAAAUGCAUGCUGGAAGUGGAGGCACCUAUUACAGUAUGUGGUGAUGUCCACGGUCAAUUCUUUGACCUCAUGAAGUUAUUUGAAGUGGGAGGAUCACCUAGUAAUACGAGGUAUCUCUUCCUCGGAGACUACGUAGAUCGAGGAUACUUCAGCAUUGAGUGUGUUCUCUACCUCUGGUCACUCAAGAUCAACCACCCCACCACACUCUUCCUCCUCCGAGGGAACCAUGAGUGCCGGCACCUUACAGAGUACUUCACCUUCAAACAGGAAUGUAAAAUUAAGUACUCAGAAAGGGUCUACGAUGCCUGUAUGGAGGCCUUUGAUUGCCUGCCACUUGCUGCCCUGCUUAAUCAACAGUUCCUGUGUGUACACGGUGGACUCUCACCAGAAAUUAACUGCCUUGAUGACAUAAGGAAAUUAGAUAGAUUUAAAGAGCCUCCGGCAUUUGGGCCAAUGUGUGACCUGAUUUGGGCCGACCCUGGUGAAGACUAUGGGAGUGAAAAGACAACGGAACACUUCAACCAUAACUCUGUCAGAGGCUGUUCCUACUUUUUCAGUUACUCUGCAGUUUGUGACUUUUUGGUAAAUAAUAAUUUGUUGUCAGUAAUUAGAGCCCAUGAAGCCCAAGAUGCAGGCUAUCGGAUGUACAGAAAAAGUCAGACUACAGGCUUCCCUUCAUUAAUUACAAUCUUUUCAGCACCAAAUUAUCUUGACGUGUACAACAAUAAAGCUGCUGUAUUAAAAUAUGAGAACAACGUGAUGAAUAUCCGACAGUUCAACUGUUCCCCGCAUCCUUAUUGGUUACCCAAUUUCAUGGACGUCUUCACAUGGUCUUUGCCAUUUGUUGGCGAAAAAGUGACAGAGAUGUUGGUGAAUGUUCUCAACAUUUGCUCUGAUGAUGAACUCAUGUCGGAGGGAGAUGAUCUUUAUGAAGGUGGCACCACAGCGAUGCGAAAGGAGGUGAUUCGUAACAAGAUCCGUGCAGUUGGCAAAAUGGCCCGAGUCUUCUCAGUGCUAAGGGAGGAGAGUGAGAGUGUAUUAACUCUCAAAGGCCUGACCCCAACUGGAACACUUCCCAUGGGAGUGCUGUCUGGUGGAAAGCAGACAUUACAGACUGCUACUAUUGAAGCAGCUAAAGCAAAAGCUAUCCAAGGCUUCUCUCCCACGAGGAAGAUUCGUAAUUUCGAGGAAGCACGCGGACUGGACAGGAUAAACGAGAGGAUGCCGCCACGUAAAGAUGGCCAGCAGCCAGAUGGCGGUAGCAUCAAUAGCAACACACCCAACAAGAACGGCACUGACGGAUAG